AUGGCGCACGUUGCCAUCAUCGGCGGCUCGUACGCAGGAACCAAAGUCGCACACCAGGUCCUCAAGCAGGUACCCAACUCGAAAGUCACCCUCAUCGACCCCUCGGAUGUCUUUUACUACAACAUUGCCUCGCCGCGCAUCAUCGCCAAGCCAAAGGAAGCCAAAGUCGACCAGUACCUUAUCCCUAUCAUGGACAAGUUCAAGCAGUAUCCUGCCGCCAGAUUCACCUUUGUCCAAGGCUACGCCGACUCUGUAGACACUGCCGCAAAAGUCGUGCGCGUGAAGGACGGAAAAGACGUUUCGUACGAUUACCUGGUCGUUGCGUCGGGCUCGACGACGCCAGGAACUGUUGGCGAGGAGGCCAUCCCUUUUAAGACAACCGGAGCAGACAUCAAACAAAAGGUUGAAGCGGCACAAAAGCGAGUCGCAGCCGCCGACAGCAUCAUCAUCGUCGGCGCCGGCCCCGUAGGCGUCGAAAGCGCCGGCGAAAUCGCCCAAGCCUACCCCAAAACAAAAGUCACCCUAAUCUCCUCGCACGCACAGGUGCUGCCCAACCUCAAAGCCUCAGCCGCCAAAUCCGCACACGCCAGUCUCGCAAAUUUGGGUGUGGAAAUGGUCUACUCAGCCCGGGUCACCGACACAAAGCAAGAGGAUGGAAAGUUUUCCGUGCACCUCGACAAUGGCAAGACUCUUAGCGCUACUCUGGUCAUCUCGGCGGCAGGCAACAUUGCAAACACCUCCUUCAUGCCUCGCGACUCGCUGGACCAGGACGGCUGGAUCAAAGUCGACAGGAACAUGCGUGUUUCCUCUAUCACCGACAACUCUGUCUAUGCGCUCGGUGAUGCGACAAUGUACAAGCAGCGCUACUAUCUCAAGAUCAACGAUCAAAUCCCCGUCGUGGCCAACAACAUCAAGAAUGCGGUUACUUCCUCUGGACAACUCAAGACGUAUGAUGCUAGCGAUAAGUUGAUGGUCUUUGUGCCCAUCGGAAGCAAGACUGGCACCGGACAGAUAGGCAGCUUUGUGCCGUUCAGCUUCAUGGUUGCAUUUGUCAAGGGCAAGGAUUACUUUAUGAGCAAGGCUGCUACUAUGAUUGCUGCUUGA